AUGGAGGAGGAGCCUGCUGGAAGAGACUCACGUAUAAUACCAACCAGCAAAAAAAAUCUGCUAGUACAGACACUGCUGCAAUGGAGCAAGGCAGGAGAAGUACCACAUGGAGCUAUUCAAAAGGCAGCAACACAGUUUGAUGUUAGCAGGAAGACAGCCCAGAGAAUUUGGGUAGAAGCAAAACUCCAAAUUCAGAGUGGAGUACCUGUCAACAUAAGAGGCAGAGUUAAGGGAUAUGAGCACAAAGACAAAUUCCAGCUUGAUGCUGCCAAGGUAAGAGAGCUGUCAGUUCUUGAGAGAUCUAACAUCCGUAAGCUUGCUUAUAAACUUGAUGUAAGCAAGAGCAUAGUUGCCAAUGGUAUGCUAAAAUAUCACCCAAUGCACAAUGUGGUGCACAUAGAUGAAAAAUGGUUUUACGUGACUAAGACCUCAGAAAGGCCACAUUUUGCAGAAAAUGGAGAAGUAAUUUUUGAUGGAAAAAUAGCCAUAUUUCCAUUCACAACUAUGGAGCCAGCAAAGAGGAAGUCCAAGAACAGACCAAGAGGCACUCUGGAGACAAAGCCAAUUCAAUCAGUUAACAAGGAAGUGAUGAGAGCAUGCCUAAUUCAGAAGAUCAUACCAGCAAUCAAGACAAAAUGGCCAGAGAAUAUGAGCAAGGAGAUAUUCAUACAACAAGACAAUACCAAGCCUCAUAUACACCACAAUGAUGCUGACUUUCUGGCAGUAGCAUCCUCAGAUGGAUUCAAGUUUCACAUCAGAGCAAUCCAAUCUCUACAGGAUGAUAAGGUGGCUAAGGGAGUGGAUGAGUUGUUGAGGAAUGUGCAUAGCUCAUUUGAUGAACUUAGCCCAUACACACUCAAUAAUGUUUUCCUUACUCUACAAGAUUGUCUAACUGGGAUUCUUAAGGUGCAAGGGUGCAAUGGAUACAAGACUCCACACAUGAAUAAAGAGAGGUUAGCAAGGAUGGGGACACUGCCACAAGCAUUAGAGGUUGAAGAAGGAGUUGUGAAGGCAGCUGUGGCAUACCUCCAACAGCCAGAGCAAGAUGUGAGUACAAAUUAUGAUAUCUCAGGUGUCACAGAAGCUGUGGGCUUAUAA